AAACAAAGGCUCGGAAAUAUGUUACGUUAGAGCAUACUUUUCGGCAGGGUUUAUAAAUUAGUGAAUUGUCGAUCCUUUAUUUCCUUCUGUGAUCAUAAGCAGAUAAGAUCUUGUGGUUACCCCAAAAAGCAGCUAUUUUUGAACCAGACUUAAAUUAUAAAUUCAUUUUUAAAAUUUCGUUUCUUUUUCUUUUUCCUUUUUUUUUAUCCAAAGAACUUACGAUUUAGAAUUUUUCAAAGGUUUUUUUUUUUUUUUUUCUCUCCCAAAAGAUCUCAAAUUGAGCUUUGUGGAAUAAGAUUUCUUCGGAAACGUUAUCGAUUUCCAGAUCCAUUCAGUUUGUCUUUUGCGAUAAAAUGUGUAAAGCUGGCAACAAUUGAUAUCUGCCAGCAGAUACUAGAACUGUGACUGGUAAAACAUGAAGCAUUGCUGAACUGAUUCGCGUGUUCCAUUGCAGUUUAGGCGAAGGCAACAUUUCUAAAUAAUCUGAUGAUGUUUCUCAGAAGGUCCAUAAUUAUCAAAUCACAAGUGCUCACAAAUUAUCAUCCAUGGAAUGUUGUUUCAAUUACGAUAUCAAAGCGAAAAUAUGCCUUUGGUGAUAUAUUCUAAGCAACUAUGUGAAAAGUAGGCAUCCAGUUCGCGAUAGAAAACUCAAGUGAGCAUCGUACAUAUGAGGUACAUCGCACGUUUUGUGAUCUUGGUUUAGCUGAAAAUGUGUAGUUCCAUUGAUUCAUAAAUUAAAAAUGACAAUCACUUAUUCUUUGGAUGUCGCCAAUACUCGGUUUUGUGGUUUCACGAAACUCCUGGGUCGUUGGAAAGGCAGUAUAUACAAGAUUCUAUGGAAAGAAUUCAUUGUGUUUUUGAUGGGAUAUGGAUUGCUCAGUGUUACGUACAGAUGCUUCCUCAAUAAGGAGCAAAAGAGGACUUUCGAAAAUGUAGUUAUAUAUUUCGAGACAUUCAUCGAUCUGAUACCAUUAUCUUUUGUGUUGGGAUUUUACGUCAGCCUUGUCAUCGGGAGGUGGUGGAAUCAAUUUGAUGCCAUUCCCUGGCCAGACAGGUUAUGCUACAUGAUAGCAGCUUACGUCCACGGUGCAGACGAGCGCAGUCGUAUGAUACGUCGAACACUGGGACGUUACUUAAUUCUUCUACAAGCCCUCACUUUCCAGGCAGUGAGCACUGCAGUAAAGAAGAGAUUCCCUACGACCGAACAUCUCGUAGAAGCAGGCCUGAUGACUAAGGAAGAAUGCACAGUGUAUGAGAAUCUUGUCGCUCCUUACGGCAAGUGGUGGCUUCCAGCCCAGUGGUUCAGCGCCUUGGCCAUGAGAGCUAGGAAAGAAGGACGAAUAAAAGACUCCAUAUUAUUAGAUGGUUUAUUCAGGGAAUUCGUCUUGUUUAGAAGUGCGUGUGGAACCAUGUUCAACUACGACUGGAUCAGUGUGCCUUUGGUCUACACUCAGGUUGUGACUCUGGCCACGUACACCUAUUCUCUAGCUUUGAUGGUAGGAAGGCAAUACUUGGAUCCAGAAAGAGUGGGUGACGCCAAACAUAGAGUGGAUCUUUAUGUUCCGAUCUUCACUUUGUUACAGUUCUUUUUCUAUGUUGGGUGGUUAAAGGUGGCUGAACAAAUUGUCAAUCCGUAUGGAGAAGACGAUGAUGAUUUCGAACUGAAUUGGUGCAUGGAUAGAAAUUGCCAAAUUGUAUUCCUCAUAGUCGAUCACUUCCACACAAAGCAUCCAAAGUUAAGGAAAGAUAUAUUUUGGGAUGAGAUGGAACCACAACUGCCGCAGACGAAGAUAACGGCCAAAACUAUUUCUAAUCCUCAACUAGGAUCUGCUUUUAAUCUCGAAGUAAAUCCUGCGGAUGCACAAUUUUUGCCUAUGGAAACUUUAUUGGAAGAAGAUAACGAAGCAAAUGUUUAUGCAAGCGAUUCAGUGAAACAAAUAUCUGGUGUCCGCUACAGACCUUCAUUCCUCAUGAACAUCCUCAACUCCAACUUUGGCCAAAGUAUACGUAGAAGAUCCACACAAAAGAAUGAUAGUUUCAGAGAUCCUCAAGGACAUUCCAACCCCGCGUUUGCCGCGAAUUUGGAAAGAUUUAAUCCACCUAGAGGUAGUACUCCUAAUGCCAGUCGAAAGUCCAGCGUUAUCAAGAUACCAAGUCCUACACACAGCCGGGCAUCCAGCAUAUCCUUCCACCCAAGCAGUAUUAGCAGACAUAGACACAAAAUGUACGAUGUACAGCAAGCUGAAAAUAAUAAUCAAAUAAAUGCUGAUGGACCUAAUAUUGCAGCUGCAAUGACAGCUGCUAUUGCGCCUGUCGUAGCAAACUUUGGGGAAAAUUCAACGCAUGAAAUUUCUGAGAGUGCCAUGGAAUCGGAGAUGGGCAUUCCUAAGUUGGACAGUCACAUGCCACCGAUACCUGAAGAGCCAUCCAGAGUAGUAUCCUCAAGCAAUCUAGAGACUAGUAGUUUGCCUUGUGGUGAUACCAACAAGCAGAUGGAUGUCCAAAACUUCGUUGCUGAAGCUAGCAAAGUAUUGGAAGAACUUAAUCGUAUGGUGACGGCUCAGGGACAUAAACAAGACUGCCAUUUAAAAGGCUAUGAGUCUUGCUGUUCGUUAGGUUCAGAUGAUAGUUCUGAUGAGGAAUUUGAGAUGACCAAUCCUACAGAAGAAUGCCCUGAUGAAUCACUAGACAGAAAUUCUGUUGUCAUUGAUAUGAACAGAAUCAAUGAGAAUGAAGCAGAAUCGCAAUUUGUAAAAUAAUUUUUGUAUACUUAUAAAAUUUUAGAAAGAAAUUUCGUGAUUUGUUUUCGUGUUAUGUAAUCUGCUGUGCUUGGAUUAAAGCAGUGUAUUUUAUGUA